AUGUUAUGUUGUUGUAAACUGUCUCUUUUACUAAAUGUUUAUGUUUCAGUGAAUUAUCCUUUGAGAACAUUAAAGAGUGUAUAUAAUAGUAAUAAUAAUAAUAAUAAUAAUAAUAAUAAUAUUAUUAUUAUUAUUAUUAUUUUACAUCAGUCUAAAGAUCGACAAUCUCUGAAGAAAGGUUACAGUUUUAACCUCUAUGUCAAUGUCAAGAACUUCGUCUGUCGUAUCGGGGAGAAUGCCCAAAUACUUCUCACGUUGUUUGACGCCAAGGAAAAUACAUUUAUUAGUGAACACUACAUAAUGAAGUGGGGCGAGCAGGGAAUGUUGAAAGACCUGGAUAGUUUCAGUAACAUGAGAGUCAUCUACACUGAUCUGAACGAGAAGGACAUUUCAAAUGAUAAAAUCUUUCUUGUCUGUCAGAUCAUACGACUCGGUCGCAUGGACUUGAAGGAGCCUGAUUCGAAGAAGUUGACCCACGGUAUGAAGCGUCCAUUCGGUGUGGCCUCCAUUGACGUGUCUGACAUCCUUAAGGGCAAAAUGGAUUCCGACGACGAGAAACAGUACUUCAUUCCUUUCUUGCAAUGCGGUGAACAUGAUUUCAUGGAAGUGGUCAUUAAGAAAUCUAUAUUAGCUAAAGACAUCAAUCACAAAGGUCAAGGUUUGUGGGUGACCAUGAGGAAUCUCGUCGGAGAUAUGGCGCAGCUGCAGAAAGAAUAUCCUCAUCUGCUUACGAACACAACAUCUAUUGCCAGGAAGAUGGGAUUCCCAGACGUCAUCAUGCCUGGAGAUGUCCGGAAUGACUUGUACGUUACUAUAAAGCAAGGGGAAUUUAAAAAAGGUGGAAACAAAAUGGCUGACAAAAACAUUCAAGUUACUCUGACCAUUUGCAAUGAAAAUGGGGAAGUUAUUAAUGGAAUGAUAAGUGAGGGAUCGAGUGGUUCCAUGGUGAACCAGUUUGAGACGAUCAUCUACUACCACGAAGACCGACCAAAGUGGUAUGAAACUGUCAAGGUGUCCAUACCUGUAAAUGAUUCGAAUGGAGUUCACUUGAAGUUCACAAUGAAGCACCGAUCAACCGCUGAUGCAAAAGACAAAGCUGAAAAGCCCUUUGCAAUGUCGUACAUUCAACUGAUGAAUGAUGAUGGCACGAUUCUGAACAACACAGAUCAUGAUCUACUUGUUUAUAAGAUGGAUAGUAAGAAAUCUGAAGACCAAACCAGCGCUUAUUUCAGGCUGCCAGCAACUCAAAAAGACUUGCAAAAGUUAAUAAACUCAUCUGGAAGUGCACUUAAAUCUAACAGUUUGAGUGCUGGCAGUUACUCGCUGAGUGCCAGUGAUGUCUUCCAAAUAUCUACCCUCAUCUGCUCAACUAAACUAACUCACAAUGUUGAACUGAUGGGCUUGCUGAAAUGGCGAGACAAUCCACAGGACCUUGAAACACUCCUGAACAAUUUUAUGUCAGUUGACGGCGGUGAGGUGGUUAAAUUCCUUCAAGAUACAUUGGAUGCCCUCUUUAACAUUCUCAUCGAAAACUCAGAUUCUGAUCUGUACGAUAAACUCGUUUUUGACGCCCUCGUUUUCUUGCUAAGCAUUGUGUCGGAUCACAAAUAUAAUCAGUUCAAACCCGUGCUUGACGUUUAUAUAAAGGAUUCCUUCAGUGCCACACUUGCCUACACAAAGUUGAUGCUGGUAUUGAAGAUGUAUAUUUCUGACGUAUUUUGCCUUCCCAAAACACAAUCAGUCAUAAAGGCAUUUAAAACGUUGGAUUACAUAUUCAAGUUCAUCGUUCAUUCCAGACUGUUGUUUGCUGCGUUGCACGAAAAUAAAGGAAAACAGCAAUUUGAAUUAUUGUUGGGACAGUUAUUUGGCUCAGUCAACAAAAUGAUAAAGGAGGGACGAGAGAUGACGAACGGAGUCUGUGCCAUGUUCCUCAACAUCCUACCCUCUAUAAUUCCUCACAUACUGCAGGUUUACAACCAAUUAGAAUUCAGCGAAGUGUUAAUAGAAUGCAUAAAUAGUGUUCCUCCAUCGAAACUUGUGCUUAGAAAGAUGCAUUGUAUCAACGAACUAGUCCACAGCCAGCUCUUUAAAUUUCCAGAUUGUAGACAGCUUCUUCUGCCAGUUUUCCUCGACCACGUCCAUCAGCUGCUAACAAACCACGUGGACACCAUGCCAGAUCGACAGUAUUGGGACCCAACCACGAAUGAUUAUAUUGAAUUGGAAAUUUGCUUCAAGAUCUUGUCCGAUAUGCUCGACUACCUAUUCACAUGCGAUGCCGCCGUGGUUUAUGAGAACAUAAAAGUUAUUAGCAUCAAAAUGCUACGGCUCGUUACCAAAACUGUCAUUUUCAUAGACAAAGGAUCUCCACUCGCUGGCACCUGUGUGGCAGUUAUGACGGCCAUCUUGCGUCAGAUGACGGAGCAGCACUACAGCAGCUACAUCAGCAACUUUGAGACCCCAUUCGAUUUGCUGGACUUUCUAAUGGAGAUAUUGAUGAUCAUCGAAGAACUGGUUAUGAGAAAUGUCUACCCGUUCGAUUGGUCCGAGAUGAUUGGUCUGCAAAAUUGGGUGUUCAUGACUGCUCUGAGAUAUUUCUCCAACACAAUUAGAAAUCAAUUCUCUACGCCGUUUUAUUUUGAACUGUGGAAAAGAUUCUUUCUAAGUUCAAUCGCUUUCAUCAUACAAAAGCCAUUGCAGUUGGAAGAUUUUUCACCUUCUAAAAGAAAUAAAAUCGUUUCCCAAUACAAAGAUAUGAGGAGAGAGGCUAGCCUUGAAGUUAGAUCAAUGUGGCACAGUUUAGGACAAAACAAAAUUGAUUUCAUACCUGAAAUGAUAGGACCAUUUCUUCAAAUGACAUUAACUCGCGACAAAGAGCUAAGGAAGUGGACCAUACCUUUGUUUUUUGACAUGAUGAAAGUUGAGUUGAAUCACACCAUCAAAGAACAUGGCAGUACCUACAAAAAAAAUUUUUACAAGUUUGAACAGGAGCUCGUAGCUCAGAUUGAUGAGUUGGUUACCUCAAAUCAUGGCGAUGAAUCUUAUCAGGAACUUUUUUAUGAGAUCAUCAAGGAACAUUGUGAGAAUUACAAAGCAAUAAAAGAUCAAGGCCUUCUCUUCAACGAGACCAUCAAACAACUUUUCCAACUCCUCCUGCAGUACAGGACCGUCUUGAAGGAGGACAAUUAUGAUAACAAGAUGAUCUGCACUGUCAGUCUGCUGAAUUUUUAUAAUGAAAGCAACAGAAAUGAGUUGUACAUACGGUACUUGAACAAGUUAUGUGCCUUACAUUUGGAAUGCAACAAUCGUACAGAGGCUGGUUAUACACUACUUCUUUACGCAAAACUCCUCAAGUGGUCUGAUGACCCCUUGCCUCCAGUAUUGAUGAGUCCUCACUUUCCAGAUCUCAAGACACAUCGCAAACUGAAGGAGAGAUUGUAUUGCCAGAUAACCACUUAUUUUGAUGAAGGCAAAAUGUGGGAGAAAGCCAUCGAACUAUGCAAGGAGUUGGCUUCACAGUAUGAAAUUGAAACUUUUGAUUACCCUCAGUUGGCAAACAUGCUGCGCAAGCAGGCUGGUCUAUAUGACAAGAUCAUGACAACAAUCAGGCCAGAACCCGAGUACUUCAGAGUUGCUUAUUAUGGGAUGGGAUUCCAUCCUUUUCUUCAAAAUCGGACAUUCAUCUACAGAGGUAAGGAUUAUGAGAGACUCUCAGACUUUAUCACCAGACUGCUCAAUCAAUUCCCAAACGCUCAACUAAUGAAAACGUUGAAUGCUCCAAAUGAUUCGAUUAGGCAACAACAGAACAAGUUCAUCCAAGUGAAUAAAGUUACACCGAUUAUGGAGCUGAAUAACAACCUGGCCAGCAAGAGAUUGAGUGAUCAAAUUUUAAGGUAUUUUAAAGUAAAUGAAGUUCAAAAGUUCACUUAUUCUCGUAAAAAAGAGGAAUCAGUCAGUAAUAUGUCUAUGAUGUGGCUGGAGAGAACGGUCCUGGUGACGUCAUAUCCGUUUCCUGGCAUCCUUCAUUGGUUUCCUGUUACUUCCACCCAGACUUUUGAUGUUAGUCCAUUGGAACUGGCAAUUGAAACUUUGGAAGAGACAAAUCAAAAAUUGAAAUCAUUGGUUGAACAAUUGCUUAAUGACCCUACCUCUAAAAUUGACCAGCUAGGCAUGGUCCUCAAUGGAGUAGUUGAUGCUGCCGUCAACGGAGGGAUCGCCAAUUACAAAGUGUUCUACACUGAAGGAUAUCUGAAAGAUAGAACACCAGAAGAAAGGAAAAUGGUGGACUGUUUGAAAAGAUGCACAACUUUGCAGGUAAUAAUUUUAAGAGAAGCAUUGAACUUGCACAGUGAACGAGCUCCUGAAAACCUCAAACCAUUUCAAUCUCACUUGGAGCAAAGGUAUGCGGAGAUGAAAAACACACUUGAAAAAGAAUAUGGUAUUAAGGUAUGA